AUGCUGUUCAUCAAGAUUAUCUGCAACUACAGAUUAUCUGACAAUGAUUGUUUAUGGUACCUGUUUCUUUCCUGCAUCUUCUUCCCUCUAGCAUCUAACUGCACCUACUUCAAGUUCUUCACCACAGGGGAAAAUGCUGUGCUGUUUCAAAAGACAACAAGGAAAAAUCUGAACGUAGCGGCAGCCAUGUUGGCCCUGUUCAGCCUGUUCCUGAUGGUGAUGGGGGCCAUAUGCAUCACCAUGGCUCUCAGUAAAGAAAUCAUUUUCUUCCUCAAACCAGCGUCUGUCUGCUUUAUUAUGUCAGGUGUCCUGGUGCUUCUCUCUCUGAUUGUUUUCCACCAGUCUGUCCUUGCCUUCCUGGCCAGCGACCACACGGUCCCGCUGCAGCACAACCUCUCCUGGUCAGUGUCGUGUGUCGGCUGUGCUGGGGGCGUGCUAAUCGUGGGUGGGAUCCUCUUCCUGCUUCUGGCGCUGCCCUACAGCCCCUGGCAGAGGUGUCUCCCUCAGAAGAACAGCAGUAGCUAGUGGCCUGGAGGUGGUGUUGCACUUUAUCUGCCCUUUCUGUUUGUACAACACAAUCUCACUCCCUGAUAGUCCAAUAGCGACGCUUGGUCAGGGUCCUUUGGCGUGCAGUUGUGAC